AUGGCCACCAGGAAGUAUCACUUUCUCGUUGUUGGAGUUCCGCUGUCCCCGCUUCACAACUGCGUCUCCAUCGCGCAGGAGCUCUGCCUCAGAGGCCACAACGUCACGGUCAUGAGCUUCGCAGACCGAGGACGGCAGAAGGUGGCAAAAUACUCUCCCAAAUGCAAGCUGAACUACAUCAGCCUGGGUGAGCUGCCUGUCAGCGAUGACAAGGAGGAAGCACUGGUGCGCGAAAUGCUGACCACGAACAGCACGAUGCACCAGGCAGGCCGCAAAUCUGCAAGUGGAUGCGUCUCGAGUGCUUAUGGAUCAGCAGGAGCGCUCCCAACCUUCCGCCACACCAGCUUGUAUGCUCGUGCCCAGUAG